AAGAUGACCAACGAAGAACCUCUUCCCAAAAAGGUUCGACUUAGUGAAACAGACUUCAAAGUUAUGGCACGAGAUGAGUUAAUUCUAAGAUGGAAGCAGUACGAAACAUACGUGCAGGCUCUGGAGGGCAAGUACACAGACCUGAACUCUAACGAUGUAACUGGCUUAAGGGAGUCUGAAGAGAAACUGAAGCAGCAGCAGCAGGAGUCUGCACGCAGGGAAAACAUCCUUGUGAUGAGACUGGCAACCAAGGAGCAGGAGAUGCAAGAGUGUACUACUCAAAUCCAGUACCUCAAGCAAGUCCAGCAGCCUAGCGUUGCCCAACUGAGAUCAACAAUGGUAGACCCGGCGAUCAACUUGUUUUUCCUAAAAAUGAAAGGUGAACUGGAACAGACUAAAGACAAACUGGAACAAGCCCAAAAUGAACUGAGUGCCUGGAAGUUUACGCCUGAUAGCCAAACAGGCAAAAAGUUAAUGGCGAAGUGUCGAAUGCUUAUCCAGGAGAAUCAAGAGCUUGGAAGGCAGCUGUCCCAGGGCCGCAUUGCACAGCUUGAAGCAGAGUUGGCUUUACAGAAGAAGUAUAGUGAGGAGCUUAAAAGCAGUCAGGAUGAACUGAAUGACUUCAUCAUUCAACUCGACGAAGAAGUGGAGGGUAUGCAGAGUACCAUCCUGGUUCUUCAGCAGCAGCUGAAGGAGACACGCCAGCAGUUGGCUCAGUACCAACAGCAGCAGUCUCAAGCCUCUGCUCCAGGUACCAGCAGGACUACAUCUUCUGAGCCUGGGGAGCAGGCCGAGGCCACCGGUAAAGACUGCAGUCGCCUGGCUAACGGACCGAGUAACGGCAGCUCCUCCCAUCAGAGGACGUCUGGGUCUGGCUUUCACAGGGAGGGGAACACGGCUGAAGAGGACUUUCCUCCUUCUCCGGGGAAUGGGAAUAAGGUCUCCAACAGCUCUGAAGAGAGAACUGGCAGAGGAGGUAGUGGUUACAUAAACCAACUCAGUGCGGGGUAUGAAAGUGUAGACUCUCCCACGGGCAGUGAAAACUCUCUCACACACCACUCAAAUGACACAGACUCCAAUCCUGACCCUCGAGAGGAGAAGGCCGUGGGCGGGAAAAGUAACCGAACUGCAGCUUCCCGCCACGUGCAGAACGGCUUGGACUCAAGUGGGAAUGUACAGGGUUCAGUUUUGUAAUAUUUUUUCCAGCAAAUUUUUAUACAGUGUCAUUUAAUUUGAGGAAGGAUACUGUCCAGAAAAUUAAUGCAUACUUUUGUCACAAUUUGCCUUUUUGUGGGUGUGUUUUUCUUUUCCUUUUUUUUUUUUUUUUUUUUG